AUGGCAACAUCGGCAAGACAGCGUGGUAUUCCGAAGACAGAUCAUACGUCAAAAGAACCGCCAGAGAACCAGUCCGAGGCCCUGAACGCCAUUAUAGAGGACGAAUUUGUGACCGAGAUUCAACGAUCAGCAUGGAUAUGUGUUAUCGGGUCUUUCCUUUUCCUGAUGCCCUCGUUCGGCUUUAUUCAAUCCGUAGGAACUGUACAAGCAUAUCUCCAAGAGAACCAGCUUGAACAGUAUCCCGCUCGAGAUAUUGGAUGGAUCACCGGUGUCUACACAUUUCUCACCAUGUUCCUCGGUAUUCAGACCGGUCCGCUCGUAGACGUCUUCGGGACAACAUAUCUAGCACUGCUAGCAGCUGCGUGUACGGUCCCGAUGUUUUUCUUGCUGGUUGAGUACAAAGUCUACUGGCAUUUCAUUCUGUGUUUAGGAGUCUUGGGCGGGAUCGGCAAUGCAUUUUCCACCACUAUCGGCAUCGCUGUCAUAGGCAAGAUCUUCCAUCGUCGACGUGGCCUAGCAAUGGGGAUCGCACUAGCGGGCUCCUCCACCGGAAGCAUCGUAUUCCCUCUAGAUUUGCGACAGAUUUUCCCAAUGUGGGGAUGGGGAUGGUCCAUGAGGGCGCUCGGCUUCAUCGUCCUAGGAAUCAUGUUGCUGGGUAUGGCUUGUCUCUCGCCGUUCUCUCGUUUGGUCUCCAAAGCUCAGGACGACACUCGAUCCAUUGGCCUCAGUAAGAAGAGUGCAGCAAUGGACUUCUCAGCCUUUCGUUCGGGGCCCUUCUCUCUUAUCACAGGUGCUAUAUUCCUCCUGGAGUUUGUGAUAUUCGGCGCUACAGCUAUAUUGCCAACUCUCGUUGCAUGGGCCGGGUUUCCUGUGGAGUCUGGCUACAACAUGGUCGCGAUUCUCAACGGCCUUUCAUCUCUUGGGCGCAUUCUUCCCGGUCUGGUGGGCGGCCAUGUUGGGCACUUCAAUAUCUUGCUGGUUAUGGUGUUGUUCACAUUGAUAUCCACAGCGGCAACACUGACCGUGUUUGGAUCAAGUCGUAUCGAGGCACUGUAUGCUUUCUCCGCAUUAUGGGGGUUCGGAACAGGGUCAGUUUUGUCUCUAACGCCAGGGACGACGAACUUCGUCAUCAGCUUCUCUCUUCUUCUUACCAUGCCUAUCAGCGGCCAGAUGCUGGACUCUCUGGGGUCAACUGCCUUAUCGGGUCUUCACCUAGUGGUUGUUUUCAUUGGAGGACUUCUCAUAUUCGCCGCGAGAUCUACUUUGGUUGGCUCUUGGUUUAACUUUGCGAGCAAAAUAUGGCGCAGCAGGUCUGUCUAUCAACACUGGCGUUUUACGGUGAUGAUCUACAACUGGAUGUCAUAUUAUCUUAUUGAGCUUCUAUAA